CAUUACACAAUCUAUUUACUCAACGGUUCGGUCGUUUCAACAUUUGCAAUAGAGUCUUGAAAAAAUUCGGAAGAAUUCGGAAAAUUGAGAAAGAUUGUAUAUUUUUGCAGUAAGCGAUUUCGAAUUUAACAUAGAUAUGCAAAGAGUAAUAGUAAUAAUAAUAAAAAUAAGUUAAAAGUAAAAAGAAAUAUUUCCAAAGGGAAAGUAAAUACUUUUGUAAAAGAUCGCUUUUAAUCGCUUUAUAAACAUAUAUAUACAUAUAUGUAUCGGGCUUCCCGUAAUACCUGACGUGCGUUGGUUUCUUUAUAUGUGGUUUUGCGUAGGGAACGUGUAAUAUACGUCGCAAAUGGAUAUAUGAAAAAGUUAAUUAAAUGAAAAGCAAAUGAUGCGAAAGACUUAUUUCGUCUCUUUACACUGUUUCAUCGUAAGCUAACUUUAAGAUAUAAUAUAACAAGAGAGGAAUUAUACUCGAUUUGGCCAUCUUUGCACUAUCAAAGUGUAAGUACAAGUCUACCUGAUCAAGAGAUGUCAGUGUAACAAAUAUGGGAUCUAUAGGUUGAACGGACAGAAGGACAGAUAUGCUUAAAUCAAUUUCGAAACCUCAGUACAGACAGUUGAAUUCAACUUAUCACCGUUCUUCGGAGCAAAUGUAUUUGAACGUCUGAAUUCCGUUCUAAUAGCAAUUAUACAUAUCCUAAUUAAUCCAUAUAUGCGAGUGAUCCAGAAAUAUUUAUGCAUUUGUGCAUGGGUGCAUGAAAUUCGAACUAAUUCAACGAAACGGAUAUUUGCGAGUAUGGCGAUAGCGAACAAGAGAGUGCAACUUCUAUGUAUGAAAUACGUAAUAAAACAUUUAUAAUAUAACUGUAAUAAGUUCGUGUAAUCGUGUAUUUAUUUGUUUUCUUUUUCAAAUAAAUGAAAAGAACAAAUGAAAAUUUGGACUUUUAUAGUGCAGUGCAUUGUAAGUCAUUGCGAGAAAAGUAAGUACUUUAGUACUGUACUAAAGAACGAAAGGAGAGAAAGACAAAUUUACGCGCUAAAGGACAUUAUAUUAGAGAGGACUUGAAAAUAUGUCACAUAAUUAUGUAAUACUUGAUUGCGACGGCGGCAGUGAUGAUGCAUGGGCUUUAAUAUUGCUACUGAAAGCCGAAGCCGAGAAGCAACUGACAAUACUUGGCGUAACCGUAUGUGGUAGCGGCAAUACAAGUCUUUAUAAUGCCGCUUACAAUAUUUUAAGAAUAUUGAAGACGUGCGGUCGCUUAGAGAUACCUUUGUUUUUGGGUGCACCAGGACCUUUGUUGGGCUCAUCUGUACAGCCUUCCUUUCAUGGUAAAGAUGGUUUCGGUGAUGUUCUACAUCCUGACGACAGUAUUCAAGUGAAAGAUAUGGUUCGUUCCGAACAUGCCGUUGCACUCAUUAAUCGAUUGUGUGCGAAGCAUCCUAAGGAGGUGACGAUUAUAGCGAUUGGUCCAUUAACUAAUAUAGCGCUUUGCUAUUCCAUGUAUGGUCAAAGCUUUGCCCAACUAAUCAAGCAUUUGUAUAUAAUGGGUGGGAAUUAUCAGGGAAUCGGUAAUUGUACCCGGGCCGCUGAAUUUAAUUUCUAUGCCGAUCCUGAAGCUGCACAUAUAGUAUUAUUAAAAUCCACCUGCCCCAUAACGAUAUUGCCUUGGGAACCUUGUAUGAAUGAUCGAUUUUUCAUAUGCAUAAAAUGGCGUUUUGAAACGUUUGGUAAAUGUGCGGCUAAAGUUAAUCCAGUCGCUGAUAUACUUAACGCCGUAGAGUCGGCUCAAUAUUUAAUCACGGGUCACAAAGCGUGGAAUCCUUGUGAUGGUCUGCUAGUUGCCGCGUUUUUAUUUGACAAACAAAUCAUACGAAAAGAAAGCUUCUGGCAUUGCACUGUAGAUUUAACCAGUUGUACACGUGGUCAAAUGGUUUUAGAUCAUUUACAUGAAAUUGAGAAAAAUGCUAAAAACGUGCAUUUAAUUGAAUUACUCGACGCUGAGUUUUUUCAAUGCGCAGCAGAAUGGGCUAUGGGUCUGAGAGAUUUGAAUGUGAGUAUAAGAACGUGCGAGGAUAAUAAAAAUGCGAACAUUUAAUUAAAAUAUAUUUGUAAUGAAAGUUUUUAGUUUGUUUCUAUUCAUUUGUAAUGGCAUGCUAGAUAGAGAGUAGCAGUCGCCUAACAGUUAUCGCUUCAAUCCA